CGCUGUGCACAGCUGAGCACGUGUCGCACUCGCGUCGACAUCGUCGCACAUUCCCUCGGUCGUUUUUCGCGGUGAAUACUCGUGAUAAAUUCACUCCAGUGGUGAUAAUUGAUCCUAAAUGUGAAAUUGUCCGUCGGGGUUUUGUUGGGUGGAUAAAUAUCACUGGGGAACCGGGAAAUCGAGGAAUUGGGGGUUAUGGCGAUGCUCGCGGAGCCCAAGAGGAAGCAGAAGUGGACGCUCAACCCGCGGGGAAAACAAUGGAGCGAAGAUUCCAACAAAUUCGGUCAGAAAAUGCUGGAGAAGAUGGGUUGGACGAGUGGGAAAGGCCUCGGGGCCAACGAGCAAGGCAUGACCGAGCAUGUGAGGGUUAAAUUCAAGGACGAUGCAGGUGGCUUUGGUUACUCUAAAGAUGACCAGGACAAAUACUGGACAGAGCACCAGGAGAAUUUCAAUGAUCUCCUGCAGAAACUCCAAACAGGAGAGGAAAACUCCGACGAAAAAGCUCUUCCAGAUAUCAAAAAGUCCACUGAUCUCAGUGGAAAGUCCUUGGAAUUGAAGUCGAAACAGAGUCGGGCUCGAGUGCAUUACCAAAAAUUCACUCGUGGAAAAGACGUCAACAAAUACAGUACCAAAGACCUAGCAAAUAUAUUCGGCAAGAAGGACCUCCAAGAGGCUCCUAAAGCUCCUGAGCCCCUAGAUCCCUCAUCCUCAGAUCCUCCCGCUCCCAUCGGUGCCCCAGACACCACCGCUGGUGUUCUGACCAUCAAAGGAGGCAGCAUGAGUGACUACUUCAAAUCGAAAUUCCCGAAUUUCCAAUUAACUCCUAAAAAAAACCCAAGAGACGAAGAGAAAUCAUCGGAAAGUGAGUCUGAAAGGUACGUAGGCUUUGGUUUCUCGUCUCCAUCGAUUGCCUCCAUAUUUUCCCUGGAAAAAUCAAAAUUAAAUCAGGAAAUUGUUGAAAAUAAAACACCAAAGAAACGUAAAUCUGAAUUUUACGUUGAGACUCCAAAUUCUUCAUCGAAUGUCGAUGAAAUUCACCAAAAUUCUAAGAAACUGAAGCCUUCAGACGGUUUCGAGAGUCAGCAACUAGACUUUAAUUCUCCAGGUCCAGAAAAUUCUGGAAAAACUAAGAAAAUUGAAAACAAAAACUCUUCUGAAACUCAAAAUGAUGUUCCAACAGAGGAAUUAUCCAGAACUGAAGAUAGAAAGUCCAAAAAAAAAAAGAAAAAGGAAAAAUAUAAUUUCGAAACUUCUGAAAUCCAUGGAAAUUCAGAAAAUUCCCUGGAAAUUUCCUCUUCUUCCAAAAAAUCGAAAAAAAAGAAGAACAAGGAGAUUGAUCCAGUGGAGUGCAUUCCCCAGACCUCUCCGUCGAUUCCUCCAGGGAAUUCUCUAGAGCCCCCGAAGAAGCCCCCUAGAAUCUUCCUUAAGACUCCAGGAAUUCCCCUGGAGUCUCCAGAUCCCUCCAGUCCCUCCAAGACCCCUAGAAAAUCGAAAAAAAAUCCAAAAAAGAACUCUGAAGUGGAAAAACCACCAGAGCCUCCAGAAAACCUCAAAAAAUCCCUUUCCAAUUAUUCAGGACUGGAACUAGAGCCUCCAGCCGCUGCAAUUCCCUCUGAGACUCCAAAAAAGUCGAAGAAAUCGAAGACAAAAAAUUCCGAAGAUGAAAAAAAUCCAUCAGAACCCGAAGAAAAGCCUCACAACUUUGUUUUUGAGAAUCCAGGGCUGGAGCUGGAGUCUCCAGUUUCUGAAACUCCAAAAAAAUCAAAAAAGUCGAAGAAAAAAAAGUCAGAAGUCGAAAAAAAUUCAGCCAAAUCUGAAGGCGACCCUCAGAAAUUCGUUUUUGAAAAUCCAGGACUGGACCUGGAGUCUCCAGAGGUUGGAGAGGUCCCCCUGGAGGCUGUCAAGUCCCUGAAGGACCCGAGAAGAAAGAAAAAUGAUGAAUUCAAAGGGUUUGUCAAUCCUGCGUUGAAUUUAGACUCAAAAGCCGAUGAAAAUUCCAGAAUUUCCAAUUGUUUUGAGGUCUCCAGAGAUCCUGGAGCCUCCAGGGAAGGUUCUGAAGGGCCCCUGGCGGCCCUGAAGAAGCCCAAAAGGAAGAAAAAUGACGAAAUCGUUGGCUAUUUCAACCCCUUUGUCACACCAGACACAGAAAUCGAUGAGAAUUCCAGGAUCUCCACGAAUUUCGAGGUCUCCAGGGAGCCUGGAGUCUCCAAUGACGCCCUGGACCUCUCCGACGAGUACUCCUGCAAGAAAAGAGUGACCUUCAACGACGAAAUCGAAUACAACACUGAUUUAUCGAAGAAGAAGAAGAAGAUGAAGAGAAAAUUGGAUAAAUUUGAGGUAGAAAACGAUAAAUUGAAGAGGAAAAAAUCAAAGAGGGAGGGGGAAGGGCACAGAGAGGUUGUGGGUUAUGUCAAUCCUAUUCUCCAGGAUGAGGUCAUCAGUGAGGAAGUUAUUGAGAAUGAGGAGAAUGAGAGGAAGUGCCUGAAGAACGAGAGGAGGAGGAAGAGACGAAUUUCUAAUUUAGAGACUAUUGAGGAAAUUCCAGAGGAGGAGGGAAGGGGGGAGGGGGCGGCAGUGGUGGGUGAUGGGAGGGAGGAUUGUGAGACCCCGAGGAAGAAGAAGAAGAAGAGUAAAAAUAGGGAUGACGAGAAUUUUGAGAAUUUCAAGGAAAAUUGUGAGGGACAAAGGGAGGAGAAGGGUUUGGAUAAAAAAUUAAAGGGGCAGGGACAGUUGGCGGGAGAGGGUGAAGGAGUGGGGGAGGGAAGGCAGGAGGUACUUCAGCAGAAUAAUUCUGGAGAAUUUUGUGGUCCUGGGGGGGAGAGGGAGGACAGGUCCAAGAGAAAGUUCAAGUCGCUCUUUAUGAAGAGUCCAGUUCUCCAUUUUGAGGGGUCAAAUAUCAAUGAUAUCAGGGGGUAUGGGGUUGACAUGUGAUUUUGUAGGAAUUUAUUUUUACGUAAUGAUGACGAGUAUUCAUCGAGCAGGGAGGUGACGAAAAUGUAAUUAAUAUAUUUCAAUAAAUUUUGAUAAUCUGGAGACA